CUGUCUGCAGUUUGAGAACUGUGAGCAAAAUUCAUGGCAAGGCAAGAAUCAUUGUUGCCCUCUUCUUCCUUCAGCUAUGGAUGGAAAUACGAUGUGUUUAUCAGCUUUAGAGGCGAAGAUACUCGUCGCGGUUUCACUGGCAAUCUCUACAAAGCCCUUCAUGACAAAGGAAUCCACACCUUCAUUGAUGAUAAAGAGCUUCAAAGAGGAGAGGAAAUCACACCAUCACUUGUCAAUGCAAUUGAAGAAUCCAGGAUUGCCAUCACUGUGUUCUCUAAGAACUAUGCUUCUUCGUCAUUUUGCUUGGAUGAACUUGUCCAUAUCCUUCACUCCAUCAAGGAAAAGGGUCGGUUGAUUUUGCCAGUUUUCUAUUACGUUGACCCUUCUGACGUGCGACAUCAGAGAGGUAGCUAUGAAGAAGCACUUGCUACACAUGAGAAGAGGUUUAAGGAUGACAUGGAGAAGGUGCGGAAAUGGAGGAUGGCUCUGCGUCAAGUAGCUCACUUGUCUGGCUUUCAUUUCAAACAAGAAGGGUACUGUUUUUAUCUUCCUAUGAAUGAGAAUGAAUAUGAGUUUAUUCAGAAGAUUAUUAAAGAGGUCUCCAACAAGAUUAAUCGCACUCCUUUACAUGUUGAGAAGUAUCGAGUUGGAUUGGAGUCUAAAGUGAAAGAAGUAAUCUCACUUCUCAAUGUCCGAUCUGAUGGAGUCCGUAUGAUCGGGAUCCAUGGCAUUGGGGGAAUUGGGAAGACAACAGUUGCUCGAGCAGUUUAUAAUGUUAUUGCUGAUUCAUUUGAAGCUUUGUGUUUUCUUGAUAAUAUGAGAGAAAAUUCAAUUAAACAUGGAUUCGAACAUCUCCAGGAGACCCUUCUUUCUGAUUUAGUCGGAGAGAAGGACAUCAAGUUAUCAAGUGUCAAUAAAGGAAUCCCAAUAAUAGAGCAUAGGCUCCAGAGGAUGAAGGUUCUUUUAGUUCUUGAUGAUGUUGACAAACUGGAGCACUUGGAGGCAACUGUUGGAGGGCUUGAUUGGUUUGGUUCUGGCAGCAGAAUCAUCAUUACAACUAGGGACAAGCAUUUGUUAACAAGUCAUGGGGUUGAGAAAACUUAUGAGCUAGAUGGGUUGAAUAACAAAGAAGCUCUUCAAUUACUUAGUUGGAAUGCUUUUAAAACUGACAAAGUUGAUUCGAGUUAUGUGGACAUUUUAAACCGUGCAAUAACUUUUGCUUCUGGCCUUCCAUUGGCAUUGGAGGUAAUAGGUUCCAACUUGUUUGGAAAAAGGAUAGAAGACUGGGAAUCUGCAUUAGAUCAGUAUGGAAGAAUUCCUAAUAAAGAGAUCCAAAAGAUACUCGAAGUAAGUUUUCAUUCUUUGGAGGAAUAUGAGCAGAAAUUUUUUCUUGAUAUUGCUUGUUGCUUCAAAGGAAAUGAUUUAGCAUAUGUCAAAAAGUUGCUUUAUGCUCAUCAUGGUAUCUGCCCGGAAUAUGGUAUUGGAGUGUUGAUUGAAAAGUCUCUCAUAAAGAUUAAUGUAUCUAGUCAUGUAACAUUGCAUGACCUGAUAGAGGACAUGGGUAAAGAAGUUGUCCGACGAGAAGCCCCAGAAGAGCCAGGCAAACGUAGUAGAUUAUGGUUCCCCGAUGAUAUAGUUCAAGUUUUAGAAGAUAAUACGGGAACUAGUAGUAUUCAAAUAAUAAUGUUGGAUUUCCUCAACCUCAAAUUUGAAGAAGUAGUUGAAUGGGAUGGAAACGCCUUCAAGGAGAUGAAAAACCUCAAAACACUUAUUAUUAGAAAAUUUUGUUUUUCGGAAGAUCCCAAACAUCUUCCAAAUAGUUUGAGAGUACUGGAAUGGUGGAGAUAUCCUUCUCCAUCUUUACCGUCUAAUUUUCAUCCAAAGAAACUUUUUGUGAAUAUGAGAGUUUUGAAUUUUAAUGGUUGUCAUUGUGUUACAGAGAUACCUGAUGUGUCUGGUGUUCCAAAUUUGGAAGAAUUAUCAUUUGAAUGUUGUGAUAAUUUAAUUAAAAUUCACAAAUCAGUUGGAUUCCUGAAUAAACUUAAAAUCUUGAACGCUGAUGGUUGCAAGAAGUUUAGGAGUUUUCCACCCAUCGAGUUGACCUCUCUUGAAAAACUCCAGCUUUCAUGUUGUCCUUGUCUUGAGAAUUUUCCAGAAAUAUUAGAAAAGAUGGAAAAUAUAUGGCAUCUUGAAAUCCGAGACACUUCCAUAAAAGAACUGCCAUUUUCAAUUCAAAAUCUCACUCGGCUUCAUUAUCUAAAGCUGAGACGUUGUGGAGUUUUUCAGUUACCAAGGAGCAUUUUGAUGAUGCGAGAUUUUCGUAAUUUUAAUUUUGUGGAAUGUGAGGGAUUGCUUAUAUCUAAACAGGACGAAGGAGUGAGCUUAUCAGUGUUUAAGAACACCUCUGAUAUUCAUAUUUCGAAAUGCAAUAUGUCAGACGAAUUCAUUCGAAAAGGUCUCCCUUUGUUUUUCAAUAUGCAACGAUUACGCCUAUCCCAAUGUAAUCUCACAAGUCUUCCUGCAUGUAUCAAAGAAUGUCUUUUUUUGACAGAAAUUGAGUUAUUUGUGUGCGAGAAUUUUUGGGAAAUUGGAGGAAUUCCACCCAACUUAGAAACAUUCGAAGCAUAUAAUUGCGACUCCUUGAAAGAUUUAGACCUCACACUAUUUCCUGGAUGUUUGACGACACUUAUUUUGAGAAAUUGCGAGAAUCUUCAAGAAAUUAGAGGGAUUUCACCCAACAUAAGAACUUUGUGUGCAACAGAAUGCCCAUCCUUGACUUCCGAGUGUAGAAGCAUGUUACUGAAUGAGGUAUUGCACGAGGAGGGUGGAGAUAGAGUGUUUCUCUUGCCAGAAGCAAGUAUUCCAGAGUGGUUUGAGCAUUGUACCAAUGGACCGUCAAUUACUUUCUGGUUUCGUAACAAGGUCCCUGUGAUAUCUAUAUUUUUUGCUAUUCGAUUCAAAUUUCACUAUUUUGAGCUCAAUAUUGAAGUCAAUGGCAUUUCAAAAGUUACAGGAGUGGGUUUCAAUUGGAAUCCCCUGGUAGGGGAUUAUACAGUUCUUUGUGAUAUAAAACAAGAAAAACUUGACGGAAUUUUUUCUGAUAUAGAAGAAAAUAAAUGGAAUUAUGUGGUGUGUACUGCAUCAAAGAUAGAAGAAGAAGUGUUUGUUGUCAAACAAAGUGGAAUCCAUGUAUUCAAACAAGGAAGUCGCAUGGAGGACAUUCAAUUCACCGAUCCACUGUUGCUGAAAGAAGAGCAUGAGCAUAAUUUGGAAGACAUGACAGAUUCUCAGACGAUUUACGCAGCACCAAACAAUAAUGUGAAUUGGCAUUCAAAUUCAGUGGUACCAAAGCUGGGGAGUGGCACUCCCGAUUUCCAAGCAAAAAUCAUGGCAAGGCAAGAAUCAUUGUUGCGCUCUUCUUCCUUUAGCUAUGGAUUCAAAUACGAUGUGUUUCUCAGCUUUAGAGGCGAAGAUACUCGUCACGGUUUCACAGGCCAUCUCUACAAAGCUCUUCUUGACAGAGGAAUCCACACCUUCAUUGAUGAUAAAGAGCUUCAAAGAGGAGAGGAAAUCACACCAUCACUUGUCAAGGCAAUUGAAGAAUCCAGGAUUUCCAUCAUUGUGUUCUCCAAGAACUAUGCUUCUUCUUCAUUUUGCUUGGACGAACUUGUCCAUAUCCUUCACUCCAUCAAGGAAAAUGGUCGGUUGGUUUUGCCAGUUUUCUAUUACGUUGACCCUUCUGAUGUGCGAAAGCAUAAAGGUACUUAUGGUGAGGCAUUGACUAGGCAUGAGGAGAGGUUUAUGGAUAACAUGGAGAGGUUGCAUAAAUGGAAGAUGGCUCUGAGCCAAGCAGCUGACUUGUCUGGCUUUCAUUUCAAACAACAAGGGAAUGAGAAUGAAUAUGAGUUUAUUGAGAAGAUUGUUAAAGUGGUCUCCAACAAGAUCAAUCGUGCUCUUCUACAUGUUGCAAAGUAUCCAGUUGGAUUGGAGUCUAAAGUGAAAGAAGUAAUCUCACUUCUCAAUGUCCGAUCUGAUGGAGUCCGCAUGGUAGGGAUCCAUGGCAUUGGGGGAAUAGGGAAGACAACAGUUGCUCGAGCAGUUUAUAAUGCUAUUGCUGAUUCAUUUCAAGCUUUGUGUUUUCUUGAUAAUGUGAGAGAAAAUUCAAUUAAACAUGGAUUAGAACGUCUCCAAGAGACACUUCUUUCUGAUUUAGUAGGAGAGAAGGAUAUUAAGUUAGCAAGUGUCAAUAAAGGAAUUUCAAUAAUAGAGCAUAGGCUCCAGAGGAAGAAGGUUCUUUUAGUUCUUGAUGAUGUUGACAAACUGGAGCAUUUGGAGGCAACUGUUGGAGGGCUUGAUUGGUUUGGUUCUGGCAGCAGAAUCAUCAUUACAACUAGAGACAAGCAUUUGCUCACAAGUCAUGGGGUUGAGAAAACUUAUGAGCUAGAUGGGUUGAAUAACAAAGAAGCUCUUGAAUUACUUAGUUGGAAUGCUUUUAAAACUGAUAAAGUUGAUUCAAGUUAUGUGGACGUUUUAAACCGUGCAAUAACUUUUGCUUCUGGCCUUCCACUGGCAUUGGAGGUAAUGGGUUCUUGCUUGUUUGGGAAAAUGAUAGAAGAAUGGAAAUCUGCAUUAGAUCUGUAUGAGAGAAUACCUAAUAAAGAGAUCCAAAAGAUACUUGAAGUAAGUUUUCAUUCUUUGGGGGAAUAUGAGCAGAAAAUUUUUCUUGAUAUUGCUUGUUUUUUCAAAGGAAAUUAUUUAGCAUAUGUCAAAAAGUUACUUUAUGCUCAUCAUGGUAUCUGCCCAGAAUAUGGUAUUGGAGUGUUGAUUGAAAAGUCUCUCAUAAAGAUUAAUGUAUCUCAUCGUGUAACAUUGCAUGACCUGAUAGAGGACAUGGGUAAAGAAAUUGUCCGACAGGAAGCCCCAGAAGAGCCAGGCAAACGUAGUAGAUUAUGGUUCCCCAAUGAUAUAGUACAAGUUUUAGAAGAUAAUACGGAGUUUGUGAAUAUGAGAGUCUUGAAUUUUAAUUCUUGUCAUUGUAUUACAGAGAUACCUGACGUGUCUGGUGUUCCAAAUUUGGAAGAAUUAUCAUUUGCAAAAUGUGAAAAUUUAAAUAAAAUUCACAAAUCGGUUGGAUUCCUGAAUAAACUUAAAAUCUUGAACGCUGAUGGUUGCAAGAAGUUUAGGAGUUUUCCACCCAUCGAGUUGACCUCUCUUGAAAAACUCCAGCUUUCAUGUUGUCCUAGUCUUGAGAAUUUUCCAGAAAUAUUAGGACCGAUGGAAAAAAUAACAUAUCUUGAAAUCCAAGACACUUCCAUAAAAGAACUGCCAUUUUCAAUUCGAAAUCUCACUAGGCUUGGAAGACUAAUGCUGACAUGUUGUGGAGUUUUUCAGUUACCACGGAGCAUAUUGAUGAUGCGAGAUUUUCGUAAUUUUAAUUUUGAGGAAUGUGAGGGAUUGCUUAUAUCUAAACUGGACGAAGGUGAUGCACAAGUGAGCUCAUUGGUGUUAAAGAACACCUUUGAUAUUAACCUUUCGAAAUGCAAUAUGUCAGAUGAAUUCAUUCGAAAAGGUCUCCCUUUGUUUUUAAGUAUGGGACGAUUAUUCCUAGAUGAGUGUAAUCUCACAAGUCUUCCUGCAAGCAUCAAAGAAUGUCUCUUUUUGACAGAAAUUUUGUUAUCUUCGUGCGAGAAUUUUCGGGAAAUUGGAGGGAUUCCACCCAACUUAGAAAAAUUCAGAGCAUAUGAGUGCAGAGCCUUGAAAGAUUUAGACCUCACACUAUUUCCUGAAUGUUUGAUGCAACUUAUUCUGGAAAGUUGCAAGAAUCUUCAAGAAAUAAGAGGGAUUUCACCCAACAUAAGAACUUUGGGUGUAACAGGCUGCCCAUCCUUGACUUCCGAAUGUAAAAGCAUGCUAUUGAAUGAGGAAUUGCACAAGGAGGGUGGAGACAAAGUGUUUGUCUUGCCAGAAACAAGGAUUCCAGAGUGGUUUGAGCACUGUACCAAUGGACCGUCAAUUUCUUUCUGGUUUCGUAACAAGGUCCCUGCGAUAUCUCUAUCUUUUGCUAUUCCGCUCGAAUUUUACCUUUUUGGGCUCGAUAUUGAAGUCAACGGCAUUUCAAAAUAUACAGGAGUCGAUUUCCAUUGGUUUCCCCUGACAGAGGAUUAUACAGUUCUUUGUGAUAUAAAACAGGAAAACCUUGACGGAAUUUUUUCUGAUAUAGAAGAAAAUAAAUGGAAUUUUGUAGUGUGUACUGCAUCAAACGGAGGAGAAGAAGUGUUUGCCAAACAAAGUGGAAUCCAUGUAUUCAAACAAGGAAGUUGCAUGGAGGACAUUCAAUUCACCGAUCCACUGUUGCUGAAAGAAGAGCACGAGCAUAGAUUGGUGGACAUGACAGAUUCUCAGACAAUUUAUGCAGCACCAAACAAUAAUGUGAAUUGGCAUUCAAGUUCAAUGGUACCAAAGCUGGGGAGUAGCACUCCCGAUUUCCAAGGAUGUGAAAUUGUGUCGAGAAAGAGGAAAAUAAGCAUGUUAAAUGUGGACAGGGACAAUGAAGCCUGUGAACCUUCUUGUCCUGCACCUUCAAAAGUGGCUUUGAAUUCAGCAGUGUCAAACUUUGCAAGUGGUGCUGCCAGUGAAGAAGCCCAGCAUAUGAAAGUGUACAAGAGGGAUAAAAGGAGGAGGAUUUGGGCCAGGCCCAUUGCUGAAUUAGUAGAGGAUUAUUCCCAAAGUGACCCCCAACAGAAUGCAUAGGUAGCAGAAGUUGGUUAAAAGUGGUGUGAAGGGGAGGAGAGUGGGGCAUUGGAAAAUCUGAACUGGAAUUAGGACCUUGGGAGAGAGUAGAGCCUCUCUAAUUGCUCUACACUAUCAUUUCCCUUUUUGCUGUUAUUUUUCCUUUUCUGCUAUACAGAUUUCACAGUGAUUGUAGACAUUUCGAUCAUUGUAAUUCUUUUUCUUUAAGCUUGAACCGUAUCUUGUAAUUUUCAGUCGUUGAAAUAUAAGAU